AUGCCGAGGUCAUUAGAUUCGCUCUCUGUAGGUAGAGUCAUAGGAGAAGUUGUAGACGAUUUCGUGCCUUGUGUUAGUUUGACUGUAACCUACAAUAGUAACAGGCAGGUUGCCAAUGGCCAUGAGCUUAUGCCAGCUGUCAUCACGGCCAAACCGUGGGUCGAUAUAGGCGGUGACGACAUGAGGGCUGCUUAUACUCUCGUCAUGACUGAUCCUGAUUUUCCAGGCCCUAGUGAUCCAUACUUGAAGGAACAUCUCCACUGGAUUGUUACAGACAUUCCAGGUACAACUGAUGCAUCUUUCGGGAGAGAAAUUGUGAGCUACGAGGCACCAAGACCGGUCAUUGGGAUCCACCGGUAUGUGUUUGUUCUGUUCAGACAGAGAGCGAGGCACACCGUGUGGGCCCCAACUUCGAGGGAUUAUUUCAACACGAAGAGGUUCGCAGAAGAGAACGGCUUAGGUUUGCCAGUGGCUGCAGUUUACUUCAAUGCACAAAGAGAGACUGCAUGCAGACGACGAUGA